CGCAUGACACAUACAUACACUUCUCUUCUCUCCUCACUUCCAGGUCAGUCUUCCAAAGAUCUCUUGGGUGGUUGUCAAAUUGUGUCUUCUUGUGAACAAGUCUUCCAUGGCUCUCACCCUACACGCUAACAUAGAAUAGCCUCAAGCCAAACCUUACGCUUAAAGCUUCUCCUUUUGUUGAGGGGUAGGAAUUUGGUUGUGAAAAAACAAAACCACUUUUUUCCAACUAAGCGAAUCUUCAGUUGCCAUGUUUCAUCUCUGGAGCAAUUCUUCUCAACAAGACCAGGAAAGCAGCGAGCUUUAUGCUGAAGACAAGAUUAAAGAGCUGAAGGGUGCAAUUGGACCCUUGUCAGGACGCAGUUUGAUGUAUUGCUCUGAUGCUUGUUUGAGGAGAUAUUUGGAAGCUCGAAAUUGGAAUGUAGACAAGGCCAAGAAGAUGUUGGAGGACACACUCAAGUGGAGAUCAAAUUAUAAGCCAGAGGAAAUUCGCUGGCCUGAGGUUGCAAUGGAAGGGGAGACUGGGAAAUUGUACAGAGCAAGCUUUCAUGAUAGGCAAGGAAGGACUGUUCUUAUUUUGAGACCUGGAAUGCAGAACACUGCUUCAAUGGAGAAUCAGAUGAGGCAUCUUGUGUAUCUUUUGGAAAAUGCCAUGCUUAAUCUUCCACCAGGUCAAGAACAGAUGGCAUGGUUGAUAGACUUCACUGGUUGGUCAUUGACCAACAAUGUGCCCCUUAAAUCAGCCAGAGAGACCAUCAACAUUUUGCAGAACCAUUAUCCUGAGAGGCUUGCCAUAGCAUUUCUUUACAACCCCCCUCGAGUUUUUGAAGCUUUUUGGAAGAUAGUUAAGUAUUUCUUGGAUAGCAAGACUUUUCAAAAAGUGAAAUUUGUCUACCCGAAAAAUAAAGAUAGUGUGGAGCUCAUGAAGUCAUAUUUUGAUGAGGAAAACCUUCCCAAAGAACUAGGUGGAAAAAGCAUAAUGAGUUAUAACCAUGAGGAGUUCUCCAGAUUAAUGAUUCAGGAUGAUUUGAAGUGUGCAGCAUUUUGGGGUUCUGAUGAGAAGCUCUCAAACCACAUUGCUAAGGGGCAUUCUGCUGCAGCAGUUUGCAAUGAAACUCCAGGGACCUGAGGCAUGUUAGGCUAUGUUUAGAUUACUGUUUGCAGGUCGUGAAUGUACAUUGAAAGUACGUUGGGAGAAGCAUGAUCUGUUACUUUUGUAUCGAAUGUAAUUUUGGAAGGGUUAAAACAGUAAUCCAAACAUAUACUUAGUUAUAGUAGAGAAGAUAUGAAUACUAAUAAUUGUGAAGCCAUUGGCUCCGAGUAAAAUAGGACUAAGGAUGCUUCCCCAGUUUACAGUUAAGAGGGAUUUAUAGUACUGCAUAACUAUUCAA